UUAAUUAAUUGGGUCACGUGACACGCGAGAGCAAGAUAUCCCAACCGGUUGGAUGAAGCGAGUAUGACAUAGGCUAUUAAGAAUUGAGUUAGCUUCCAAAUACCAAAAUUCUUGACUACCGACCUCGAAAAGUCGACCAUCGUGGAGAAUUCAGUGUUCAGAGAAAUGGCCCAUACGGAUCUUAGUCCACAACAUACCCGAAUUCAUUCCUGCAGCCCUUCUCUGAGUCCUCCGCCGUCGACGUUAGCGGAUAUGAUCAGUCGAAACAAGUUUCUAGAAGCUGCAAUUCCCAAGUGUGCUGGCUGUGGAGAGCAGAUUCUGGACAGGUUUAUACUAAAAGUGCUCGACCGGUCGUGGCACUCAAAGUGUCUAAAAUGUGCAGAUUGCCAGGCACAACUAUCCGAUAAAUGUUUUUCAAAAGGAGAUAAAGUGUACUGCAAAGACGAUUUUUUCAAACUGUUUGGGACGAAGUGUGCUGGGUGUGAGAAGGGUAUCCCCCCGACGGAGGUUGUUCGCCGCGCCCAGGAGAACGUGUAUCACCUGGACUGCUUCGCCUGUCUCAUGUGCUCCCGGCAACUCAACACAGGGGACGAGUUCUACCUCAUGGAAGACAAGAAACUAGUGUGCAAGAGCGACUACGAGGCUGCUAAGGCCCGGGGAACUACCGAUUUCGAAAUGGAUCCUUCAAAUAAGCGCCCACGUACCACAAUCACAGCCAAGCAGUUAGAAGCAUUGAAACGUGCAUACAAUGAAAGCCCCAAACCCGCGCGUCACGUCCGGGAACAACUCAGUACCGAAACCGGUUUGGACAUGCGUGUGGUUCAAGUGUGGUUCCAGAAUCGGAGAGCCAAAGAAAAACGGUUGAAGAAAGAUGCUGGAAGGCAAAGAUGGAACCCCUAUUUCCGACAGAUCAAGAGAGAAGGAGACCACGACAGUUCUCUUAGCGCCGAUGACAGAUCUGAUGAUGGACUUACAGACAGUUCGUUUCAGGGCAGUUUGGAUGACCUUGAAGGACCCGUCCACUCUGGGCGUCUGUCUGGGGACCUCUAUGGGUCAGGCCCAGUGGACCACGAAUCUUUGGGGAUGCCAGGGGGACCACCAAGUACGCCUCCUAUGGACGCAUGGGGACACUUCAACGGUCUGCCAGGGGGGCAAUUUAUCGGACGUCAUUCGCCAAACAUCCCAUCUAGCCAUCCUCAAAUGUUGCCACUGGAUUCACUGCCGCUUGGUGGCGCGCAAAACAUGGUUCGAAUGAUGCCGCCCGAUGUCAACGACACCCCUUCUGGCUUUGUCGAUUACCCGCCGGUCACCUCACAAAAUCACGUGGAAGUGUAUUAGUCAUGUGACAGAUUGUGCUGUUCUGAUUGGACAAUAUGAAACGGAGUCAUGCGGAGAAACGUUCGUAGCCGCAUACCGUAUACAGAUUCAAAUAAAUAUAUUUUUGUGACGUGAUGGAUACUAGUCGUUCUGUGUAGAGGCACCGUGAAGACAAAUGACAAUCUUUGACGAAUAGGCUUUCGUCCGUAUCAAGUUAAAACACUUGCCGGCUGUUGCAUUGUCCUGACAUUUUGCGCGGAGGAGGUCAAGGGAAAAUUCUUUCGUUCAUUCGAUGUGCGAUAUUUAUUGUACCAAGUUUGUGAAGUCUGUAUCGAGUCGACGUAGCGAUGGCCGUUAUAGAACGGACGGACUCCUUGCAUUGGUUGGUGCUCCUAUACGCUACGUUAUAAUGACAAUGUAUCUGUAUUAUUUCGAUUCAAGCUAUUGACUCUGACAUCGCUACAUAUCACCUGUCAUCAUUUCCAAGAAACAAGCUUUAUUAUUCCUCGAUCUCAGCCAUGUUGUACUUACGAAAUCUAUUUAUCGUCUUUUCAUUUCCUGAACAAUAUAAAAGCGUUAUGAUUUUCUUUUCAUUUUUAUUACUCAAAAGAAGUUAAGGACGAUCCGAUUCUUUCAUACACUGAGGGACAAAAGGAAGUGUACCGAUUUUGUAUUUUAUGUAAUUUUUCAUAUUUUUUUAUAUUUUUUUAAUAAUUUCUUUUUAUAUUUUAUGUAAUUUAAUAUUGAAGAACUGUUGUCAAAUUUGAUUAAGUCUAUUUACCCAUCACUCAUUCCUGCAACAGUUAAAAAAAAGUUAUAAAAUACUUUCUGGCUUGGUAAUUUUGUGUAAAAAUAUAUUGGUUCAAUGAAGAAAUGAAUUUGCAAACACAUUAUUAAAAUGUUGUAAAUUUGUGCUAGAAAAGCAGAUUUAUAGUUUUUCAAAGAAACGAUACCCAUCAGCAAAUGUGCUUUCUGCGAAUUUUUAAUUUUCAUUUUUUAAACAUUCAAAUAAUAUUUGAAAAAAACAAACAAAACACGUGGAAGUAUUCUUUGAGUGCUGACUUAGCGCAAGUACUGUUCAUUGUUUGCAUAUUAUAUAUCAAACAUGAGAUCAUCUGAGAGGUAAAGUUUGUUUUGCUGGAGUAAAUUUGUCAUGGCAGGUUACCCAUAGUAAUAUGAAAGUGUCGGGUGGUCAUUCUUCUAAGUAGUAAAUGGUAGUUUACACCGAAUUGCAUUGGAAGUUGAAUACAUAAAGUUGUAUAUAAAUUAUUAAGAAACUGGUUUAUUGACAUAUCACAUAUUUUAUUGAACAAAUGCUACUUAUGGCCAGUGAGAGAUAGUCAAGCUCAAUCUGGGCCGCUUUGUCUCGCAUAUCAGCCCUGAACGUGAAUAAUUUGGUCACAUUUCACCUAUAGAGAGUGAUCCCUAGUCAUACGCUGGGUUAGUGAUGACCUAAUUUCUUUGCUUGUACAUACACAAUACAUAUAUCAACUUUUAACAAUCUAAUUACAACAUUUUGUGCAGUUAUCACCAAUUUUACAGUUGAUAUUUGAUUGUACGUGACAUCAUGACAUAUGUUUUACAUUGUUUUCGUUCUUUAGACCUUAUUUUAUGCCCUUACACUGUUAUUUAUUGUAGAGUUAUCUCCCAUUGGUGUGUGCAUAAUAAUAUAUAAUUAUCAAAAUGGCAACUUAUAUAUUUUCAAGGGGAGAUAACUCGCAUUGAGGGGAGGUUAUCCUUUUAGGGCGACGUGCAAUGUCUUGGUUAUAAUUUCAAUACUCACAUAUUUUUGAAGUCAACCCUGCCUUUUAUGAUAAUUUAUGUUUAUUUAUUCCGUUGUUGCGAUUUUUAACGUUAUCCUAAUUUAUCAGAGAUUUUGUUCUGAGUAAUUGUCUCAUGUGCAAUAUUCAUGUGCAUUGUUUAAUAAAACAUCCAGUUUUAUCGA